GGAAGAAAAACGGUGGGAGGGCUGGCGGCGAGUAUAAAGAAUGCUGAGAUGAGCGCUGAGUCCAGGGGUAAAGGGCCUGGGCCCAGAGGAAGAGGCUUCCAGUGGUGGAGAGGAAGAGGAGGAUGGCGAGGAAAAGGACGAGGGCAGAAAGGAGACUGGAAAAACACUGCUGGGAAGUCAGGAUCAGCUCCAUCCCAGCUUGUUCAAACAACACUGGACCCAGAUACUCCUUACAGAGGCUGGAAGCUUUAUUUCUCUGAAGCAUAUGACGGCAACUCCCCUUUCGUUCAGAAGAUUGGAGCAUUUGAAAAGUUUUUCGUGGCUCGGAUAGACCUUUAUGAUAAGGAUGAAAUAGAAAGGAAAGGAAGCAUUCUUGUGGAUUAUAAAGAGCUGGUUCAGGAUAAAGGCGUACUUGAAUCAAUGCCUGAUAUUUCCGCUGAAUUUAGGGAUAUGCCACAGAAAAUACUGGACUGCAUGGGCUUGGCAGUACAUCAGGUGCUAAGCAAAGAUCUUGAGAAACACGCAGCAGAAUUGCAGGUGCAAGGACUGUCCAUUGACAAAGAACCCAUAAUCAACGUGCCGUAUAUCCAUGCAAGAGUGUACAACUAUGACCCGCUUACUCAGCUAAAGAAUAUUCGAGCCAACUGCUACGGGAAGUACGUUGCGUUGCGCGGCACUGUUGUGCGUGUCAGCAACAUCAAGCCUCUCUGCACCAAGAUGGCAUUUAUAUGCAGCGCCUGUGGAAAUAUUCAGAGUGUGUCUCUGCCUGAUGGAAAAUAUACGCCCCCUACAAAGUGUCCUUUGCCUGAAUGCCAUGGACGAUCAUUCACUGCUGACAGAAGUUCUCCUUAUACCAUUACUGUGGACUGGCAGUCUAUUAAGAUUCAGGAGCUCAUGUCAGAUGAUCAGCGAGAAGCUGGAAGAAUUCCUCGCACAAUAGAGUGUGAACUGAUUCAGGAUCUUGUAGACAGCUGUGUCCCAGGAGAUGUGAUUACCAUCGCAGGAAUUGUCAAGGUGUCCAACACUGAAGAAGGAACAUCUAAAAAUAAGAACGAUAAAUGUGUCUUCCUAUUAUACAUCGAAGCAAACUCAAUCAGCAACACUAAAGGACAGAAAGUCAAAGAUUACGAACAUGGGAUGAACCAUCGGCCGUGCAUGGAGUUCUCACUUAGAGAUCUUUACGCUGUCCAGGAGAUCCAAGCGGAAGAGAACCUGCUCAGACUCAUAGUCAACUCUCUUUGUCCUACUAUCUACGGUCAUGAGGUAGUGAAAGCUGGUUUAGCACUGGCAUUAUUUGGAGGAUGCCAAAAAUAUGUGGAUGAUAAAAACAGGAUUCCUGUUCGUGGAGACCCGCAUAUCUUGGUGGUUGGAGAUCCAGGACUGGGAAAGAGUCAGAUGCUACAAGCUGUAUGCAAUAUUGCUCCUCGCGGGGUGUAUGUUUGCGGCAAUGCCACAACCACAUCUGGCCUGACCGUCACUCUAUCUAGGGAUAGUGCCUCCGGGGAUUUUGCUUUGGAAGCGGGUGCCCUUGUGCUUGGAGAUCAAGGUAUUUGUGGAAUAGAUGAGUUUGAUAAGAUGGGCAACCAGCACCAAGCCUUGCUGGAAGCCAUGGAACAGCAAAGUAUCAGUCUCGCAAAGGCUGGUAUCGUUUGCAGCUUGCCAGCUAGGACAUCGAUAAUAGCAGCAGCCAAUCCAGUUGGAGGUCACUAUAACAAGGCCAAAACUGUAUCGGAGAAUCUGAAAAUGGGCAGUGCAUUAUUGUCCCGGUUUGACUUGGUGUUCAUCUUGCUGGACAUACCAGAUGAAGACCAUGACCACUUGCUCUCUGAACAUGUCAUGGCAAUGCGUGCUGGGAAACAGACCGGGCAUAGCAGUGCUGUAGCGAUGCGUGGAAACUCGCAAGGUUCACAUGUAUCAGUCCUUGAAGCCAUUCCGGAUAAGCCAUUAUCAGAAAGGUUAAAGGUCAUUCCCGGAGAAAGUUUUGACCCAAUCCCACACCAACUAUUAAGGAAGUACGUCGGCUACGCUCGGCAGUAUGUACAUCCGCGAUUAUCUCCAGAAGCUGCUCAGGUCCUCCAGGAUUUCUACCUUGAGCUCCGACGGCAAAGCCAAAGGGCGGACGGUACGCCUAUCACGACAAGGCAGCUUGAGUCCCUGAUACGUCUUACAGAGGCCCGAUCAAGGUUGGAAUUAAGAGAAAAAGCCACCAAAGAAGAUGCUGAAGAUGUCAUAGAAAUAAUGAAAUUCAGCAUGUUAGGAACUUACUCGAAUGAGUUGGGGCAGUUGGAUUUUGAGCGUUCUCAGCAUGGCUCUGGUAUGAGCAACAGAUCACAAGCCAAGAGGUUUGUUUCUGCCCUCCACCGUGUUGCAGAAAGAACCUACAGCAACCUCUUUGAGUUUCAGCAGCUAAGGCAAAUUGCAAACGAGGCAAACAUUAAAGUAGCUGAUUUUGAAAAUUUUAUUGGAUCUUUAAACGACCAGGGCUAUUUCCUGAAAAAAGGUCCAAGAUUAUAUCAGCUUCAGACUAUGUGAAGAAACACCAGUAGAACACAGUGUUGUAUUGCGGUAAGGAUGAUUACUGUCUUGGCUGAAAUUCAAGAUCAUUUUAAAAAUUAAUAAUUCAAGAACACAGUCUGUGUAUUCCAGGUGUUACAGUUGUACAGAGACUCAGUGGGGUAUUUGUAUAAUAAGAGCAAAUGAUUUGGUUACCAUUUGCAAGUGCUGUAAAUGUAACUGUGCAAAUGACUGAGAUUGGUGCAUAGCUCAUAAUUUAAUUUCAAGAAAGAAUCUCAAAAGUUCCUGUCAAAAUCUUAGUUUUUAAAACUAUGAAUGCCGUAAUGUAAGAUGCCGGUAGAUUUUGAUGGUGAAUAUUGAUUCAAAAUAUCCUUCAGUGUGGAACAAGAAAUGGACAAGGAAGCCUUGUGUGAGUGGGGAAGGAGAGAACACAGGAACGCGUAGCUUGUUCAUGAUCCUCUCUUGAGGCAAUCUGUCGUUAAAAUGUCUUGAAAACUGAGUCAACAGUAGCAGUUGCUUAAUAUCAUUUUGUAAUAUUUUUGAGGGAGAAACAUAACUUGACGUUUCACAAUUUUUCACGUUGAUACUUUGUUCAAAAAGGUUUAUUCAAUUUAAAUAGACAAUUCUACUUUUUUAAAAAAAAGUUCACGCUAUACGGAAAUUUCAGUUUUUAAACUGAAAAAAAAAAAUCACACUUGCUUUAUAUGUUUAGAAUUUUGUGAAUGAGUGUUUUAGUUGUAUUAAAACCCCUGCACCAACUUUAAGCUAUUCACAGGAUACAAGGGUGGAUUGUUUAAAAUUAAAAUGAAAGCCUUGUUGAACUUCA